AUGAAAGGAAUGAUGAAAGCGUUAUGGUACAAUGCACCCAAAGAUUUCGUCAUAAAGCAAGUUCCUAUACCCCAAAUUAAUGACGACGAGGUACUGCUAAAAGGCGAGCAUCUCUACUGUAAUCUGGCACCAUUCAAACUUAAGCUUUUUUUCAGAGUUUGUGGAACCGACGGACAUAUAGAUGAGGGAGAAUUCAUUUCCCAGUUCCCUUUGAUACCCGGACACGAGGCGAUUGGGACCAUUGUUGAAAUGGGAAAGAACGUGAAAGGAUUCUCCAUUGGCGACCGCUGCGUUGCGGAUGUCGGCAUCACCUGCGAAAACUGCUUCUAUUGCCGUCGAGGUCAAUCACUUCUGUGCGAAGACUUUCACGCCUGUGGUGUAACGCAAGAUGGAGGAUUCGCGGAGUACAUCAAAUACCAGCAGAAGAAACUCUAUAAGAUCCACAACCUCACGGACGAGGAGUCCACUUUACUAGAACCAGCGGCGUGUGCCAUUCAUGGUCUUGAUAAGCUCAACCCUGGAGUGGGCAUCGAGGUCCUUCUGAUGGGUGCUGGACCGACGGGCCUCAUUCUGGCUCAACUACUUAAGCAAAACGGUGCUUCUCGCGUUGUUAUCGCAGCCAACAAAGGGAUUAAAAUGGACAUCGCAAAGAAACUCAACGCAGCAGACGAGUACAUCGAACUGGACAGGCAGGCCCCUGAAGCCCAGUGGCAAAAGUUAAAAGCCGACAAUCCGUAUGGAUUUGAUGUGGUUGUUGAAGCCACUGGAGUAGAGAAGCUUGCAAACGAGAGCAUCAAUUAUGUUCGUCGAGGUGGAACUUUGAUGAUUUAUGGCGUCUAUGAGGACAAAGCCCUCGUUCACUGGCCUCCUGCCAAGAUCUUUGGAGAUGAAAUCAGAAUUAUCGGAUCCUUCUCCCAGACCUUCUGCUUCCCCCGGGCCGUGGCCUAUCUUGACGGAGGAAAGAUUAAUUUGAAGGGGAUGGUGACGGACGUGUUUAAGCUUGAUGACUACCAAGCUGCUCUGGACAAGAUGAACAGUCGUGGGGCACUCAAGAUCGCCAUCAAGCCUUGA